UUUCGAUUUUAUCUAUUUUGAUUUGCGUGCGGAAAUACAAACACAAAAAUUAUUUUUUAAUUUUAUCUUUGAUCAUUGUUCUUUUCUAUAUUUACAAGAAUAUUUUAAUUCUAUAUUUACAAAAAUAGCCUGAGAUUAUAACUCGCCACAAACACUUUUAAAUGACGAAGUUUAUUCAAAUUAUACAGACAUACCUUUCCAAGAUUCCGAGGACCAAAAUUAAACCUAAAACAAACCCCUUAAUUGAAACCUCAUUCAACAAAACCCUAACUUCCCAAACCAUCAAGGUUUCGAAUUCAUAAACCUUGAAGAAAAAGAGCCAAAAUCUUCGAAUAUUCACAAGAAAAAGUAAUGGAUUUCGACGAGUACGAGUAUUUGGAAAAGACCGUGGAGGAGCAGGAAGAUCCGAAGAAGAAGAAGAAAAACGGAGGAUCGGGGGAUAAGAGCGAGAGAAAAUAUGGGAAGAGAGAUGCCGAGAGGGGGGAAGAUGCUGAUGAAGGCAAGAGAAGCAGCAAGAAAUCGAGAGGCGGCCGCGAUGAGGACGACGAUGAGAGGCGAGAUCGUGAUACGGAUCGGCAUAGAAGCAGCCGCGAUAGAGAAAGGGAAAGGGAGAGAGAGAGGGAUAGGGACAGGGAUUUAGAGAGGAGGAGUAGUAGCGAGAGGGAAAAGGAAAGGGAUAGAGAGAGGAGAGAUAGGGAUAAGGAGAAAGAGAGGGAUAGAGAGAGGAGAGAGAGGGAAAAGGAGAGAGAGAGGAGGGAAAAGGAGAGGGAGAGGGAGAGAGAGAGGAGAGAGAGAAGCAGCAGUAGGCCGAGGAGGCACGAGAGUGAUCGCGAACAAGAGAGGGAGUGGGAGAGAGAACGUGAAAUUGACAUUAGAGAUAGCAGGAGAUUUAAAGAGAAGAAAGAAGUAGUGGAGCCUGAAGCUGAUCCUGAGAGGGACCAGAGAACUGUUUUUGCUUACCAGAUGCCUCUAAAAGCAACUGAAAGAGAUGUCUAUGAGUUCUUCUCAAAAGCUGGCAAGGUGAGGGAUGUGCGGCUGAUCAUGGAUAGGAAUUCAAGACGAUCAAAGGGAGUUGGGUAUAUUGAGUUUUAUGAUGUGAUGUCUGUGCCAAUGGCCAUAGCAUUGUCUGGUCAACUGCUUCUUGGCCAACCUGUUAUGGUUAAACCAUCAGAGGCGGAAAAAAAUCUUGCUCAGUCCAAUACUUCUGGUGCAGGUGCAGGUGGUGUUGCUGGACCAUAUGGUGCUGUUGAUAGAAAAUUGUAUGUGGGGAACUUGCACUUCAAUAUGACAGAAAUGCAGCUUAGACAGAUAUUUGAACCUUUUGGUCCCGUUGAGCUUGUACAACUACCACUAGACCUUGAGACUGGGCAGUGCAAAGGUUUUGGAUUUGUUCAGUUUGCUCAACUCGAACAUUCCAAAGCAGCACAAAGUGCAUUGAAUGGAAAACUGGAGAUUGCUGGUCGAACCAUUAAAGUUUCAUCUGUUACGGAUCAUGUUGGUACCCAAGAUACUGCAGCAAAAUCUGCUGACUUUGAUGAUGAUGAGGGUGGUGGCAUGGCUUUGAAUGCUCAAUCAAGAGCAUUGCUUAUGAAGAAACUGGAUCGCUCUGGUAUGGCAACAAGCAUUACGGGCUCCCUUGGAGUACCCCUCCUUAAUGGGUCAGCUCCAAAUCCACAGGCUGUUACGCUACCUGUCAAUGGCCUAGCUGCAUAUACAAUUCCAAUUCUACCUCCAAUCAUGUCUACUACAGGCCUUGAUCCUAUUGGACAGCCUAGUGAGUGUUUGUUGUUGAAGAAUAUGUUUGAUCCUGCUACUGAGACGGAACCAGAUUUUGAUUUGGAAAUUAAAGAGGAUGUCGAAGAAGAGUGCAGCAAAUAUGGCAGGGUGAAACAUAUACAUGUGGACAAAAACAGUGCUGGUUGUGUCUAUCUUCGAUUUGACUCUGCAGAAGCAGCGUGUAAAGCCCAACGUGCGAUGCACAUGAGAUGGUUUGCAGGCCGAUCAAUAUCAGCCAUAUUUAUGCAACCCCACGAGUAUGAAGCGAGGUUUAAAGGUUGAAGUUGAAGAACAGCUUUCAGUCGCAGGAUCAAAUUUAGGAUAUUUCUAAUGUCCGGAUAAUGGUAGGUUUAUUUCUGAAUUCAUUUUGUCCUGAGUUUAGAUUUUUUUUUUUUUUUGUUUUAAAUAUCCAUACACAAUGACCUAAAAGUAAGAUGUUGCUAUUUGUUUACACUUUUUCUGAUUCUGUAAUUUGCAAAAUGAACCUGCAGUGCCUUGUAAUUGGUCGAAUUUAAUUGUUGUUGGCAAUUUCUCCUUGGCCAAUGCCGUUACCACCCAUAAAUAUUCAACCUUCUUGCCAUUUGUUUGCCCCCCUUUGAUUUUUCUGUCUAAUUUUACCAAAUUAAUUUGUGAAUUUACUUUAACAUCCUUUUAUAAACAUAUUCGAGGGAAAUUCUCUUUUUAUAUGGAAUAACAUAAAACAGAUAAUACCAAUCAUUCAUACAUUUGAAAAACCAGUAACAACAAUCAUACAUUUUGUCUCCAUGGAACGAAUGGAUUUAGGAAAGUGAAAAUUCUUUUAUUAUUAAUAAAUAUUAUUUGUUUAUGCAUG